AUGCAUCUAUGCAGUGCAUAUAGAGAGCACAAUAUCACUGUUUCAAGUGAAACCUAUGAGCUUUAUGAUGAAGACUAUUCUGGAAACAAUUUCAGCACCGUGAUUGCCGUCAUCCCAGAGGAACCAUGGUCUGCACGUCCAUUUAACAGCACAAAUGCAACAAAUGCAGUAAAAUGCAACCAAACUUCACAGACAAUCCCUAUCUCAGCCGAUGAUGUGCGUUUCCUCAAAGGCCUGCUGGUCACACAUGUCAUGCCCUCUUUCUACAUCCUCCUCUUCCUCAUUAGUUUGCCCCUAAACGCAUUGGCUCUGGUGACGUUCACUUGUAAGAUUAAAGAAAAGAAACCGGCUGUGAUCUACAUGUCAAACCUGGCGUGUGUGGAUCUGCUCUUCACCCUGCUGCUUCCUCUGAAGAUCCACUAUCAUCUGAACGGAUCUGAUUGGGUGUUUGGUGAGGUGGCGUGUCGUGUGCUAAGCGCUGCUUUCUACUGCUACAUGUACUGCUCCAUACUGCUGAUGAUGUGUAUGAGUGUGGACAGACUGCUGGCUGUGGUUUUCCCCAUCGCCUCUCUGACUUGGAGGACAACGAGGAAUUCUGCUUACGUUUGUGUGUUGGUCUGGUUACUGUCAAUUGCUGGCACAGCCCCACUUCUCUCUAUAACGCAAACGUUCAACAUUAAGGAUUUGGGCGUCACCUGCCACGAUGUGCUGUACCACAUAAAGUUGUAUUACUACCUGUUCUCUAUUCUGUCCUGCCUUUACUUCUUCCUGCCGCUGGUCAUCACUUUGGUGUGUUACUCUAGUAUUAUAUAUGCCCUCAGGGUCAAAUCUGGUCACUUAGCAACAUCAUCAUCAUCAACCUCAGAUAAUCGAAAGAGAGCUGUGAUUAUGGCGAUCGCCGUGCUGACAGAGUUUGUGGUUUGCUUUGCAGCAUCAAAUGCAAUCCUGUUGUAUCAUUGUGUUCGUCUGGCCACAGGAGGUCACACCGAAGAGGGGAAAUAUUAUAUGCUGGCUGUGUGUGCAGGAAGCUCAAGUGUUUUUCUGGAUCCUCUGCUGUACUACUAUGGAUCAUCACAGUGCAGAGAGAAAAUCAGCUCUGUGUUUUGGUGGACAAAAACAGAAAGCACAUCAUCAAACACACAAACCUAUUGA